GAUCAACAUCAGCUGUAACAUUAGAGGAUGUGCUAGCCAGACUAUCAUACCUGCAAACAUCUCUUGACUCAGUUUUAGAAGCUACAAAGAACUUCUCCAAUCAGCUCUCACUGAUGAACACAAAACUGGACGCCCUAAAUAAUAAUUCUGAAGAUCAGCAUAAAAUAAAGGUAGCGGUGAUUAACUCGAUCCCUGCUAAAACUCCUGAUGAUCUUGAGCUUCUUAACAAAGCCAUCCAAGGCAGCCAAGCUGCAAAGCUUCAGUUGGAAACAACCUUGAAAGCUGUCGCAGAACAAAAAGUAUUGAAUACAGCCCAGAACAUGAUGCAUAAGUUAUUCACGGAUGAAUUGGGCACGCAGUAUUGUCUUAAAGGAAAGAAUCCUGAUAAAAAACAGUUCGACAUAGAUCCCAUUUACCACCUUGUUAUUGAGUGUAUAAAGACAGUUUUCCCUCCAACAGAGAAGGUAGUGACUGAAGCGAGAGAAGCUAUCAGUAAUUGGUUCACGCAAUCAAAACACCGCAUCGAUAAGAGAAAGAAACGUGCUGAAGAGAAAGUGCAAAAUGCAGCUCAAAAAGAAGCUGAAAGAGUCAAAAAAGCGGCUGAAGAGGAGGCCGAAAGAGUUAAGAAAGCAGCAGCAGAGGCAGCUGAAAAAGCCAAGAAAGCGGCUGAAGAGGAGGCCGAAAGAGUUAAGAAAGCAGCAGCAGAGGCAGCUGAAAAAGCCAAGAAAGCGGCUGAAGAGGAAGCCGAACGGGCCAAGAAAGCAGCAGAAAAAGCCAAGACAUAGGCAGAGGAGGCUCUACUUGAUGGUUCUGCUAAAAAGCAAAAAGUCAUCAGUUAGUGAGUUGUAAUUAACAUUUUUCUUUUUAUUGAUUACCUAUCUUUUGUUUGUUUAGUACCCACUAAGAUUUUGUAUGUUGCAAUUCUGAAAACAUAGCUUUCCAAGUGCCUAAAUUGUUUUUGUACUUAUGGAGCUUGGAGGGUUACUGCUUUCCUUUUCUAGAAAAUAGGGUGUCCUAAAAAUGGCUGUUGAACUUUAACCGUGUGAUUUGUUACAUUUGACUUUUCAAAAUUUAAAUUUGAAGAACUGUUCAUAAUUUUAAGUAUACUUAAUGUUCCUCUCACCAAAA